UGGGCCAUACCUGUCAAAAUGUUGAAAAAUAAAAAACAUAAAUAAAUAACAAAAAUAAAAUUAUUAAAAUUAUUUCCAUAGACAAAACAAUAAACAUGAAAAUAACAAUAAUAAAUUAAAUUAUUAGAAAAAAAAGUUUCCAAGCUAAUUAAUAUACCUAAUUAAAUUAAAAAAAAAAAAAAAUUAGAUAAAAAAUGGAGUUUGUUGACUUGAUAACAGUACCAAAGGUUGACAGUGUAAUAUUGACAGAAAAAACAAAUGACAAUGUUCCAAGUCAAGAAGGAACACUGUGUUUAAGUGGUCAUCAUUUGCUUUUGUCAUCUAGACAAGAUCACAGAGAAGAACUAUGGUUACUCUAUCGAAAUAUUGAUGUCAUUGAGAAAAAAAUUAACAAUCAAAUACCAGGUGGAAGUAUAAUAUUAAAAUGUAAAGAUUUUCGUAUAUUUCAACUUGAAAUUCCAUCAACAGAUCAGCUAUUAUCAGUUGUCACUUCAUUAGAAAAAUUAUCAAAUCUAGAUCAAAUAUAUCAAUAUCCAUUUUUUUAUCGUCCACAAUCACAAGGAUUAAACAACAAAAAUGAAGAUGGUUGGUCAGCCUAUACACCAGUAUCAGAGUGGUCAAGUUUAUUAGCAUCACACGGUGAUGAAUGGCGUAUAAGUUAUUUAAAUCGUGAUUACAAAGUAUGCUCAUCAUAUCCAUCAACAAUAAUUGUACCACGUAUUAUUGAUGACAAUGUUAUAAUAUCAUCAGCAAAUUUUCGUGAUAAUGGAAGAUUUCCAAUUCUAUGCUAUCGUCAUGAUGGUGGUAGUAUAUUAUUUAGAAGUGGACAACCAUUAUGUGGACCAAAUGGUAAACGUUGUAAGGAAGAUGAAAGAUUAUUAAAUAGUGUAUUGGGUGCUGGUAGACGUGGUUAUAUUAUUGAUACAAGAACAUUAAAUCAAGCACAAAAUUCAAAAACUAAAAAUAGCGGUGGUGGUGGUACUGAAAUUGAUUCAGCAUAUGCACAAUGGAGAAAAGUUUAUAAAAAUGUACCACGUAAUGCUGAAUUAAAUGAUUCAUUAUGUAAAUUAAUUGAAGCAUGUAAUGAUUGUUGUUCAUCAACUGGACAAUGGUUAUCACGUCUUGAUAAUUCUGGUUGGCUUACUGCUGUACAAAGUGCAAUGAAUGCAUCAUGUGUUGUUGCACAAUGUAUACAUCAAGAAUUAUCAGCUGUUUUGGUACAUGGUAAUAGUGGACGUGAUUCAACAUUAAUUGUAACAAGUCUUGCACAAAUAAUAUUAAAUCCAAAUUGUCGUACAAUACAUGGUUUACAAUCAUUAUUAGAACGUGAAUGGUUACAAGCUGGACAUCCAUUUUUUACAAGAACACGUCAUUCAGCAUAUUAUCAAUCAAAUCAAAAUAAUUCAUCACCAACAUUUUUAUUAUUUCUUGAUUGUCUUUAUCAAUUGCAUUAUCAAUUUCAAUAUAGUUUCGAGUAUACAACUGAUAUGCUUAUUGAAUUAUUUAAACAUGCAUAUUGUUCAGAGUAUGGUACAUUUUUAGGUGAUACAGAAGCUGAAAGAAUAAAUAUACGUCUUGCUGAACGUACGUCAAGUCUUUGGUCAUACAUAAAUAGACCAGAUGUUUUGGAAAAAUUUAUAAAUCCAUUAUACGAACCAAAUCAACAAGUUAUAUGGCCAAGUGUUGCACCAAUAUCUUUAAAUUUAUGGAAACAGCUAUAUUUAUCACAUACAAACUCAUCAAUAUGGAAUGAUUUUAAUUCAUGUGUUAAAGAUAUUAAAAAAAAUUAUUCAGCAAUACAAAAAUUUACUGGACAACUUAGACAACAAGUACAAAAUAUUCUCAAUGAAGCUGAUCAACAUGAGAGCAAUUCUAGCCUACUUGACAACAACAUGGAUCCACUUCAAGCAUUAUGUUUAUCACAAUUAAAUUUAGAUAAAAAAAUAUCAUCAUAAUAUUGUUUUUUAU